AUGGACGCGUGGGCCGUUCAAUUCGGGAAUGCUUCCAAAGUCAGCCCCUUCGAGGGCGAACAAUACCACAUUGCCCCCAAAUGGGCGUUCUACCUGCAGGCAGCUUUCAUGGGCUUUGUAUUUAUCGUGGGCACACCUAUGAACGGAAUCGUCCUCUUCGUUACGAUGAAAUACAAGAAACUCAGGCAGCCUCUCAACUACAUCUUGGUGAACAUCUCCCUAGCAGGCUUCAUUUUCGACACGUUCUCUGUAAGUCAAGUAUUCGUCUCCGCUGCUAGAGGUUAUUACUUUCUCGGGCCUACGUUGUGUGCGAUGGAAGCGGCAAUGGGAUCGAUUGCAGGUCUUGUGACAGGAUGGUCCUUGGCUGUUCUGGCUUUCGAGAGAUAUGUGGUCAUCUGCAAACCCUUCGGAAGCUUCAAGUUCGGACAAGGCCAGGCUGUCGGAGCUGUGGUGUUCACCUGGAUCAUUGGUACCUGCUGCGCUUCACCUCCCUUCUUUGGAUGGAGCAGAUACAUUCCUGAGGGUCUUGGCACUGCAUGCGGACCUGACUGGUACACAAAAAGCGAGGAGUACAACUCAGAGAGCUACACUUACUUCCUGCUCAUCACCUGCUUCAUGAUGCCAAUGACCAUCAUCAUUUUCUCCUACUCACAGCUCUUGGGAGCCCUGCGCGCCGUUGCAGCCCAGCAGGCCGAGUCAGAGUCCACCCAGAAGGCAGAGAGAGAAGUAUCCAGGAUGGUUGUUGUGAUGGUUGGCUCUUUCGUGCUUUGCUAUGCUCCUUAUGCCGUCACCGCCAUGUAUUUUGCCAAUUCCGAUGACCCAAACAAGGAUUACCGCCUGGUCGCCAUCCCUGCUUUCUUCUCAAAGAGCUCCUGCGUGUAUAAUCCCCUAAUCUACGCCUUCAUGAACAAACAGUUCAAUGCCUGCAUCAUGGAGACUGUAUUUGGCAAGAAGAUUGAUGAGUCCUCAGAGGUUUCCAGCAAGACCGAAACCUCAUCUGUGUCUGCAUAA